UGUGCGUUCCCGAGCGAUCAGCCUCAGUCAUGGAGGAAAAGUGAAGAGGACAAAGCGCCGGUUUGUCUCCGUCUCUUCCGUCAAACCAGUGAAAACACAAAAACGUCUGUGAACACACUGGAGGGGUAAGCAGCCACGAUGAAGCAUUUUCUGAGAGUCCUGACCCAGUUCUUUGUGUUCCUCUACUGUAAAUGUUUGUGGCGAGGCCUCAAGUUUGUUGUCAGGAAGUUUACGGGACGCUGUGAGCUGCAGCGCAUCUGUUACAACAACAAACACGGAGCGCAAAGGACCCUCAAGAUUGAAUCGUCCCUGAAGUUCUCCAAGAAUGAGCUGCUGCAGUCGUCUCUCAGCGUCCAUCCUGAUAAAGUGGAGAAGACCAUUGAUGACAUCAUGGCCUUGAAGAAGAUUGACCCCGACACCAACCCACAGUUGGGGAUCUCGCUACAAGCCAGCCUGCUGCAGAUUGUCGGUUACAGGACUCUGGUGGCUGAGGUGGAGACGCUGCGCAGGGAGCCGUACGACUGCGAAAACGAUGACCACGAGACCAUGCUGAUGAAGUUGUGGGAGGAGCUUCGUCCUGACAUGCCCCUCACCGGACGCAUCUCCAAGCAGUGGUGUGAGAUCGGUUUUCAAGGCAGCGACCCCAAGACGGACUUUCGAGGAAUGGGCUUGUUGGGUCUGCACAACCUGCUGUAUUUUGCAGAACACGACAAAGCGAGUGCUCUGCAGAUGCUCCACGAUUCUCUGCAGCCAAAACACAAUGGCAUCAACACUCCUGAGUGGGACCAGAAAAACAUUGACAAAGCUAUCGGAUAUUCUUUUGCCAUUGUGGGGAUCAACAUCACUGAUCUGGCAUAUUCUCUGCUGGUCAGCGGUGCGCUGAAGACACACCUGUACAAUGUGGCCCCGGAAACGCCGAACCUGCUGCACUUCCAGCAAACUUUCUGUUAUCUGAUGCAGGAGUUUCACCGGUUCUGGAUCAAGGAGGAUCCCAGCGACAUCAUGGAGUUUAACCGGAUUCGCUCCAAGUUCCAGCGGCGGAUCAUGCGACAGCUGAAGAACCCGGACGCGGCUCUGUGUCCGCACUUCUCCGCCUCUGACCUGCACCUGGUCAACCUCUGAACCCGCACGGCUGCUCUGGCUGUUUCAGCUCUACUUUGGUGUUUGAAUUUUACCUCCUCCAGAAACACAAA